AUCCGUCUGGCGCAAAAAAAUUCGAUUUUUCAACCUCUCUCAUAAUGCAUAGGUCUUUUCUUUUAUUUAAAAAAAAUGGUAGCUCGCUACCUCUUCUACAGUAUGAGAAAUCGGUUCCUAACUCUCCAAAAAAGUGAUUUUGAGAAAACGAAACAACAAGUUUGUGAGAUGUGUAAACGGGUGUGAAUGUGACAAAAGUAAUCAGUGUUAUAUAUAUUUGAAAUCAGCGUAAAAUUCUCUUUUUAAGUGACAUAAUUAAAUAAAAAUAUGAAACAAUUUUUAAUUUCACUAUAACUGUCAUGACCCCUAUACUGCAAUUUCGUCAUGUAUAAAGGACUCGAAGCAGAAACGACUACGAUGAUGGUGGAGAUGAUCAGCAAAAAAAAAAUUAACUUCGAAAAAUUAUGAGACAUAUGAGUGGCUGGCUUUGAUAAAACAAACUGUAAGAUGCAAAUUUCCAUCAGACAGUAAGAAUUUAUGAUUGUCAUAAACAGACAGAUGUUUUUUUUUCAGUAGAAACUUUUAUUGAUUUAGGUGCACAAUAAACAAUGGAAUGCUAGUUUUUUUUCCUCUUGCUAUCUCAGGGAGUAUCCUCUAACUGUGUUCAGCGGAUGCACAAUCGAAAAUAACCUAUAUAUAUGUUCAGAAUAAGCAAAAAUGAAUGUAAGCUAGGAUUGAAAAUCGCUCGAACCUCUUUUUUUGUAGAAAACUUUUCCAAAAAUCUGGUUCUAAAAACCCGCCAUAUUGCUGUAAUUAAUGAAAAUAACAGAACGUAUAUGUAUUUCCCCUUCGGAACCGUCUACAAGUUUGUUGACCACUGUCACAUCCCUGUAACUAAGGGAAAUUUCUGAAAAAACCUUAUAUUUCUACUACUGCUCCCAGAAAGUCCCUGUUUUUACCGCCAAAAGCCAUUCAAAGUGCAAUAAAUCGCACAUAAUCUGAAAGAGGACACUUUGGGCUUUCAGUACGUAUGCUUAUCUCAAAAUCGAUAAAUUUAUAUUUUUUAGAAUUUCGUACUAAUUAACAGAUUUUGUUAUGAUAACUAUUUGUCUUAUUACGAUUUUGAUUAUAAUCUGUUCAAUAGUAUAUCUUUAUAAACCUAUACAUGAAUUAAUUCAACAAAAAAUUAUUUAUUCAUCAUGUUUCAAAACACCGAAAUCUGAUUAUAUUCCUAUAUUUGGUCAUAUGUUCUCAUUAGCUGGUCAAAUUUCAAAACGAGGUAAAAAAUGGAAAACACGUCGACGAAUUAUUACUCCAUCAUUUCAUGAUAGUAAUCUUUUGGCUAAUUAUAUUGAUAUAUUUAAUGAACAAUUAGAUAUUGGUUUAAAAUGUUUUCAGACAUUAGCUGAUCAACAAGUAGAAACUGAUUUAUAUCCAUUGAUAUCAGCUUGGACACUUGAUGUUAUUUGUGAGACAGCAAUGGGUAAAACAGUUCGAGCACAAACUGAAGAAUCUGAAUAUAUAAAAGCCGUUGUUCGAAUUACGGAGCUUAUAGCUUUACGAACGCGUUCACCAUGGUUAUGGCCUCGAACAAUAUUUAAACUUACUGCUCAAGGUCGUGAACAUGAUCGCCUUCUGAAAAUCAUACAUAAAUUUACUCGACAAGUAAGAAUUUCAAUGAAUGGAGCCACAUAUUUUGCAUUGUAUGUCUAUCAUAUGAGUUAA